AUGCAAUUAACGUGGAAAGACAUCCCCGUGAUUCCGAACUCCAAUGAGUUUUUGGAUGUCAUUCUCAAUCGUACGCAGCGCAAGACGCCGACGGUGAUCCGUCCAGGCUUCAAGAUCCAACGUAUUCGUGCAUUUUACAUGAGAAAAGUCCGAUAUACCGCCGAGGGCUUCUGCGAGAAAUUGCAGGAAAUCGUCGACUCGUUCCCAAGAAUUGAUGAGAUCCAUCCCUUCCACCGCGAUCUUCUGGAUACACUCUACGAAAAGAACCACUACAAAGUUUCUCUUGCCUCUCUUUCCCGCGCAAAGACCCUCAUUGAGCAGGUCAGCCGUGACUACGUGCGUCUUUUGAAGUUCGGUCAGUCGCUUUUCCAGUGCAAACAGCUCAAGCGGGCUGCUCUAGGUCGCAUGGCCACUAUCACAAAGCGUCUCAAGGAUGCCCUCCAGUACUUGGAGCAGGUCCGCCAGCAUCUUGGUCGUCUUCCCUCAAUUGAUCCUAAUACUCGUACUCUUUUGAUCUGUGGCUACCCCAACGUUGGAAAGUCGUCUUUUCUGCGCACCAUCACCCGUGCGGAGGUUGAAGUCCAGCCCUAUGCCUUCACCACCAAGUCUCUUUACGUGGGCCACUUUGACUACAAGUACUUGCGCUUCCAGGCCAUCGAUACUCCGGGUAUCUUGGAUCGCCCUACUGAAGAAAUGAACAAUAUUGAAAUGCAGAGUAUUUAUGCUGUUGCCCACAUUCGUUCUUGCGUUCUGUAUUUUAUGGACCUUUCUGAGCAGUGCGGGUUCUCGGUUGCCGAGCAGGUCAAACUUUUCCACUCCAUCAAGCCUUUAUUUGCCAACAAGACUGUCAUGGUUGUGAUCAACAAGAUUGAUCUCAUGCGUCCUGAUGAUUUGGACGAGGAGCGUAAGGCUCUCUUGGCCACUGUUGCCGGCGACAAUGUCGAGAUCCACAGCUUGUCUUGUGCCACCGAAGAAGGUGUUAUGGACCUUAGAAACAAAGCCUGCGACAAGCUGCUCAUGGCUCGUCUUGACCAAAAGAUGAAGGCAACUGCUCGUGUCCAGGGCCUGCUCAACCGCAUUAAUGUCGCCCGACCCACUCCUCGUGAUGAUAAGGUCCGCGCACCCUUUGUUCCUGAAAAUGCUCGUACUGAAUCGGAUGGUCGCAAGCUUUCUCGCGAUCUCGAGGAGGAGAAUGGCGGUGCCGGUGUCUAUCAGCCCGACUAUCACGAUGCAUAUUUGCUUGAGAAUGACGAGUGGAAGAACGAUAUCAUUCCCGAGAUCCUUAAUGGUAAGAAUGUCUAUGACUUUAUUGAUCCUGAGAUUGGUGCCAAACUCGCUGCCCUGGAAGAAGAGGAAGAGCGUUUGGAGUCUCAAGGAUUUUACGAGAGCGAAGAUGCCAUGGAGGACUCUGAGGCCGAAGAUAUUCAUGCCAAGGCUGACUGGAUUCGCCGCCGCCACAAGGUUAUGAUGAAGGAUGCGAGGCUCAAAAAGAACAGCGGACGCACUGCAGUCAUUCCCCGAAAACUGGGCAAGCGAACUGUCAACUCUUUGGAAUCUCACUUUGACGAUAUUGGAAUCGACGCCACUCCUCUUGUCAACAAGGCCCGCAAGCAGGCCAAGUCUCUUGAUAAAUAUAGCGGUGCCGACGCCGUUGUCGCUUCCGCUGAUGGCAUCGUUGCGGAUUCCGGUCGUCUCCCCACCCUGGACCACGACGUUGGUAUCCAGCUCAAGGGCAGCAGCAACAAAUCCAAAUACGCCAAGGCACUCAAAGAAAAGCGCUUGUCACAACGUGCAUGGACCAAAGAAGGUCGUGCCGGCGAGGCAGAUCGUCACACUACAGCCAUGUUGCCCAAGCAUCUCUUUACUGGUAAGCGUGGUAUUGGCAAGACCCAGCGUCGUUAA